GUUAAAGGUGGAUCUUUUAAACUUGCUUCUGGUUGUUGGCAUCGAGGUUGGUUGAACCCUUUGUUGAUGUGCUAUGUUGAGGUGCAAAAAAUAGAGGCUAUGCUGGAGCCAGUUGCAUUGCUUGCAUUUUGUCUGUUGAUGUGCUUGCACUGCCGGAUGAAUUAUUUCAAUGGAGAUUUUGUUGUUUGUAGUGUUAAGGCUGAACAUUGGACGGAUGCUUACAAAAAAUACAACAUUCAUAUUGUUACUGAAAUGGUUGCUACUGGUUACCUGGGAGAGAAGAGCAACAAUGCAUGCAAAUAUGUGGAACAUUAA